AUGGCAGAAAAAUCUUUUCUGACUUUGAGCGAUGCCCAAAUAUCAAACGAACUAAUUCGUUUGAUAUGAAGAUUUUCAAAUCUCAAAGAAUAUAACAAUAUUAGAAUAAGAAGAAUAACAAAAAGACGAAAUACUCAUCGCAAAUCCUCAAGCACAACAGCUCAGCCUUGCUAUAUAAUACAUAAUACAGAUUCCCCUAUUAUAGAAGAAAACUCAACUUAUCCUAAUAUUUCUCCUUUAAUAUCGCGCAGAAAAAUGCUAUCGGUCAGCUUGUUGAAUAUAGAGAUUCAUAAGCAGCCUAAAAAUGUUUAUACCACUGAACAGUAUUCUUGCAUCAGUUCAACUUUUAUAUCAUUACUUGAAGCAUAUCAGGGAACUUCAUGAGUUAAAUAUGAUGAAUUUCAGAGCCUAGUGCACAGUGCUUUAAUCAAACAAUUCUUUCUUGACUGUUACACUUGCGAUCAUUCUUUUUGGAGUUUAAUAAUUGAUCCUAUUAGCAAUAAACCAUGAGUUGAUAUAGAAUUAUUCAAAACGUGCUUACUCCCCCUUAAUGAGCAGCAAAAUCAUUAGUAAUAUCAUUAUUUUUUGGAUAAAAACCCACCUCCGUGAGGGAACAACAAUUUUUUAUAAAAAAAAAUUUAUAUACAGCUUGCAUUUGACAAUAUAAGUUUUGAAAGUUAAAUUAAUUUUACCAAUCGGAAAUUUUAAAAUCCUCUUCCGGGUCAAACAAUUUUUUUUUUUCGAUCACGGAGUGGGGGAGUUAGAGAACUUGCAGGAAAGCCAUAAUUGGAAUUUAUUUUCCCCUAAAAAGAUCAAUAAAAAGAAGAAAAAUUUGUGGCAAAUCCAAAAAUAUCUAUGUAAAAUUUAUUUAGUUUUCUUUUCAUUUAUUCAAAAAACUGCAGGGGAUGAGCUCGAUAGAGACCAGCUAAUGGAAGCUCUGAGUAUGGCUGACAAAGCUGCAAAAUAUCAGAUUGUUAUGCUCAGUGAUAUUAUUUUCCAGAAGCUUAAUGAAUCAGAAGGCUGCAUGGUCAAAUAUAUCAAUUUCGAACAAUUUAAAAGCCUGAUAGUAGAGAAAAAAGAAAGUGAUUUUUAG